CCAAUUAAGUUUUAAAACCAUCCUCAUCACAGAUAGAACACUUGGAAAAUUCUGUUAAGGUUUAACGGCAAUGUUCUAUAUCUUCCUUGGAGGAAAUUAAGCAGAAUAAAUAGGCUUAGCUGUGCUUAUACUUAAUUGCUGAGCCACUUUUGGAAUUUGCAGAGCAUUUAACAAAUUUUCUGCCUUUAUUCUGUCCAUUUCAUUAUUGUUAAUAGAUAGUUAUUACAUUUAAGCACUACUAGGAGUUAAUAAGAUCAAAAGGGAUUUUUUUUAGUGUAUUAGAUGUUACAUAUCUUGAAGAAAAUGGUUAAAUAAACUAAACCUAACAUUUUUUCAUUAUAUAUAUGACCCUUGAAGUUCUUAUAUUAAAUUUUAAAUGUGUUACAAAUCAAAUUUAUCUAUCUUUCAUUUUUCCAGAAUGGCACAGAGAAGACAUAAAAGAGUAAGAACAUGGACUCGUCACAUAAGCAUUUUUAAUAAAGAUUACAUCUUUGUACCUGUAAAUGAGUCGUCUCACUGGUAUCUUGCAGUCAUUUGUUUUCCAUGGUUAGAAGAAGCUGUGUAUGAAGAUUUUCCACAAACUGUAUCCCAGCAGGCCCAGGCUCAGCAUUCCCAACAUGACAGCAAAACAAUAGAUAAUGACCUGCAUACUCCUUCAACACUAUCUUUGAGUACAGAGGAUUCCCAAAGUACCGAGACGAAUGUGUCAGUACCAAAGAAAAUGUGUAAAAGGCCAUGUAUUCUCAUUCUAGACUCCUUGAAAGCUGCUUCUAUACAAAACACCGUUCAGAAUUUACGAGAGUAUUUAGAGGUAGAGUGGGAAGUUAAGCAUAAAACUCAUCGUGAAUUCAGCAAAACAAACAUGGUGGACCUAUGCCCUAAAGUUCCUAAACAGGACAACAGCAGUGAUUGUGGAGUAUAUUUACUACAAUAUGUGGAAAGCUUCCUCAAGGAUCCUAUUGUUAACUUUGAACUUCCAAUUCAUUUGGAGAAAUGGUUUCCUCGUCAUGUAAUAAAGACCAAACGGGAAGAUAUUCGAGAGCUCAUUUUGAAACUUCAUUUACAGCAACAGAAGGGCAGCAGUAGCUAGUUAAUCUGUACAAACAUGACACAGAUGUUCUCUAAGAUUACUGGAAAGCCUCUUACCAGCAUUUGUGUUAGCCAGCUCACAGAGAAGAAAAUAACUUGCAGGAGUUUUAUAAGUCAUUGGACAUAUUUAAAAUAUAUGAGAUAUAUUACUAGAAUUGUUGGGAUCUCAUAGAUAGUAUGGGAAUGGAGGUGAUAUAGGUAAACUUAUUAGAUAGAAAUUAAAAUUUCAUAAAUAUUUCAUAUUUUUCUGAGUUAAUAUGCUUGGAUUAUGCAGUAGCAUAUGUAAUGUGGGAAUGUUUUUGUAGAUGAUAAAACUAUGUGAUCUGUUCUUCCACAUGACUGGGUGUUGAGGGGAGUUAGGUCCUCCCUGGUGCCAGCCCCAGUGCUUGUCAGAUUUGUUGACAAGUCACAUCAUAUUGUAAUCCUAUUCUUUGCAGCUCAAGCAUGCAGUAUGAAUACUGUGUAUUUUUUUUUAAUAAAGAAUUUAGUAUUGAGGCUUCAGAAAAUGCCAUUUACGGCAUCACUUCUGUAUGGUGUAAAAAAAAAAGACAUUCAUAAUGUUAGGAAGAUGGUAAAAAUUCAUUCUUUUAAAGUUCAGCUUAUUAUCCUUAAUUGAUAAAUGCAAUCACUCUGCUCUAAUUUUUUUCCAUUUCUUUUGAUAUCAUGUGGGGUUGUGAGAGUUUAGUUCAUUUGUUUAGGGUACAAUUUGGAAAAAAAAUUUUAACUGUUUAAAAUAGAUUUUUAAAAAUUGUACAUGUAGCUCAACUUAGUUUGAGGUAUAGCUGUAUAAAUAUUCACUCUUAUGUUAUCCCAGAAUAUAUGUACACAGUUCCUAUAAUAUAGAAAAUAAAACUGAUGUCCUCAUAACUUUAACAAAAAACCCUCUCAAAGUCCUAUUUAUUGAUUGCUAGAACUAAAUAUAUAAUUUUAUAGCUCAGUUUGCCCUGUAUUCAUCUGUAAAGCCAGAUUGCUCUCAUUGCUUUUAUAUUUUUAAAUUGUAGUUUUUGGAGACCUAUGAUCCUCAUGGAGCUUAAUUUUUUAUUAAAUAUUCAGGUAACAGUUCUGAAUUCAUGUGAUAAUGAUGGUAUUAUAUAACACUUCAGAACCUUCUAAUGUUAAAUAUUUUGAGGGGGAUAUGAUUAUAUUGUAUUUUCUCAGAAAAGAAAAAUGCUUUUUAACAAUAUCAUUUUAAUCUCUUGUUUUAAGCAUCUCUUUGGAUUUAUGUUGUAACUGUAUGUAAAGCAAUGAAGCAAAAGGCAAUUUAAGACAAAACUAAAAAGUCUGAACAUUUUAUUUCAAAUCGUGUGAAUUGAGGUUGUCGGUUAAACCUUAGUGUCCUUUUGUUGAUUUUUGUCAUCAUCUUUAUAUUUAAAGAUGUUUGUCUUUUGGAGAUUUCAUAUAAAGAUGAUAUAAUUAAUAUUUCAUUCCCAAUUUGUGUGUUGGGGGAAGCUUUCUAAGGUGUCUUACUUAUUUUGUACAUCUAAUUUUAGGAAAGCAAGUAUAUGAGACAUCUUGUGAUUUCUUAAUUUUUUUGUUUGUAUGUUUUUCAAAGAUACCACUGUCUUUUAUCAUGUUUUUAAGAUUGUUUAAAAUUCAUUUCCUAAAUUUAUGUGCAAAUAAUGCUUUGAGGAUAUCAACAUUUUAUAUUAAAUAUAUUUCCAAUUCAUUAAA